AUGCUAUGCGAAAGAUGCAAAGGUGUGAGCUUUGAGCCUCUCCUGGCUCAAGACAAGAAGACUGGCUUCUACAUCUUGCACCAUAGCCAGGAAUCGUACUCGCUCUCCCUCACUCAGCGGUGUGCGCUAUGUACUCUCAUCAGCAGCCAACUAGGCAAAAUCGAGGUUGAAGACGACGUAUGUAACUAUUUAGAAGCAUUCAUGGUGCUGAAGCGACGAUGGCCGUCCGGCAGCGAUAUAGUCACUGGCACAAGUUCCCCUCCUAUUCUUGUUCAUAGCCGACUGGGUUUCGGAACUCUGUCAGCCAUAGACGCUCUUCCAAGUCAAUAUCGCACCUUGGACUACGAGCACAGUACAAGCCGACCGAGUAGGAAAAGGAAACGGAUUCAACUUAAUGCAUCGGAAUCCUUAGAGAACCCUAUUCUCAGGCAUAGCAGGGGCAGAGAGGCUCCGUUAUCUAGAGAACUUCCGCCUCAUCAUACUGGCUCACAUGAGAACAUGGAACUAGCCCAUCUCUGGAUAAAGGAUUGUCUUCAAAAUCACGACAUGUGUGCUAUCGGGAGCUCUCACCGACAUGUAAAUUUUGUGCCUACGCGCCUAGUCGACACCCAAGAUCCCAUGCGUCCGUUUCUCUUGAUAGUCACGGAUGACAAAGAUAUAGAGUAUAUCACUUUGAGCUACGUGUGGGGCCAAGGUGAGAGGUUUAGGACCACCCGGGCAACCCUUAAGGAUCAUCAGGACCGCAUACCGCUCGAAUCUGUGCCGAAAACCUUUGCUCAUGCAUUUCAGGUUACGCGGGAGCUAGGCUACAGAUAUAUCUGGAUAGAUGCGCUAUGUAUCAUACAAGACGACAAUGGAGAUUUGGAGCGUGAGCUGGCUGUCAUGGGAGAGAUCUACCGCCACGCCACUUUUACUAUUUUCGCCGAGGGGGCUCGCGAUGUCUUCGCCGGUCUCUUCCAAAAGCGUGACCCGUACCUGUAUCAGCCGUGUGUCAUUAAUAUUAACACAGCAACCGGUAAAGAUGUGAUAUCUGAGCAGGUAACCUUGGGCACGAUCAUCACUGGCCCGAACUACCUAAAGACUAGGGGCUGGGUCCUCCAGGAAGAGAUCCUCUCGACUAGAAGCUUGUCAUUUGGCGAACAGAUCAGCUGGCAGUGUGCAGUAAGCGAAGCAUCCGAGACAAGGCCUGCUCCACAGCCCCGAAAGUCUGCAUUGAGUCAAGGUAGAGCGACCUGUGAAGACAAACUGAGGUUAUGGCUCUACGCUCCUGCACAGAUGGGCUGCACGCCGAGGGAAAACUGGUUUAGGUGGAAUCACUUUGAUGCUUGGUACUCGGUUAUGGAAGAAUACAGCAUUAAGGAUUUGUCGUUCCCGACAGACCAACUCCGUGCUCUUUCUGGUCUUGCAGAUUUAUUUCGAAAAGCCCAUCACGCAACAUAUUUGGCAGGGCUUUGGCGAGAGGACCUUCAACUUGGUUUGGCGUGGUAUGUGGCCAGCAAUGACUCUCGCAUUGUGAGCAAGGCAGGAGAUCAGAAGCCAUCGUGGUCUUGGGCAUCCGUCGGCACAGUCCGCCUCAAGUAUCGUUCCUGGGCUGCAUUUUCACAGCACAUAGUCACCGAGGGUAUCGAGGUACUGGAUGCUUCCUGCACCCCAGCAGAUGAAGCAAACCCUUGCGGAAGUGUGACCACCGGGCUUCUUACGCUUCGCGCGCGAGUGAAGAAGCUAACACUGUGUUGGUCUGCAGAGUACGUCGAAAAUAGGACGGAAUUUAGCUACGGCGACAUGGGGACAGUGACGAUGACGAGGGGAGAACACCCGCGGUUUCCAGCCCUCAUCAUCGACUCAGAGUCAAAUCGGUUCAUUGGCGAGGCAGCUUUGGACCGGCAAAUACUUACUGAGUCUUAUGAGAGCGGUAGGAGCACUGAAACAUUUGGAGCUUCCAGUACAGAAUCCGGGGUAAAUCAUAUCCAAUACAAGUGUCAAGUCUGGUGUGCUCUUUUGCACGUACAGAAAACCCCCGACAAUGUUCGACAUAACACUGCUCUGAUCUUGGAACAAGACAAGAAAGACUCUACGACACACUGUCGACUAGGCCUCUUGUUCUUCGAUGAUCAACGUGUCAAGGGCCUGUCAUAUUCGGAUUGGAACAUGGAAACAAUUCGUAUUGUGUAG